AUGCUCACUGCAAUCUUCCCUUACAACCCGCCCGUCUACAUGUCGGCCCACUCCCAAGGCGACGACUGCAAGUCUCAGAUCUCGUGUGCCGACGGCGCCCCGCCGCCGUGCAAGAAGGGGGUGCGCACCACCGUCACCAAAUCGUGCGGGCCCAAUGCGCACCAGACGGUCUCCUUCAGCCAGGACAGCCAGGAGAGCAGCGGCAACGAUGGGGGCGACUCCGGCGAUGACUACAGCGGCGACGUCUGA